GCUCGCCCCUAUCUGCCAUGCAAAACGAGGGAGCGUUAUGAAGGAAUCCGUCUUGUAAAGCCAUUGGUCCUGGUCAUCAGCCGCUACCCAAUGCUUUCGCGAUGCUGCCGCUGAUCUAUUUGGGAAGUUGGCUGGCUGGCGAGGCAGAGCCUCUCCUCAAAGGCUGGCUCCCACGGAAAAUAUGCUCAGUGCAGCCGCGUGUAUGAAUGCAAACGCCGCCAGGCGCUUCUUCUAGUCGGGCAAGAUGCAGCUGAGAACUCCGCUCGCCUUGUGCGUUCUGCUGUCCCAGGUGUUCCUUGUAACAGCUGCAGACGAUUUGGACUGCACUCCUGGAUUCCAGCAGAAGGUGAUACACAUCCAGCAGCCUGCUGAAUUCAUCGAGGACCAGCCUGUUCUAAACUUGACCUUCAGUGACUGCAAGGGUAAUGAGAAGCUGCACUAUGAGGUCUCAAGCCCGCACUUCAAGGUGAACAGUGAUGGCACCUUGGUUGCUCUCAGAAACAUAACUGCAGUGGGCAGGACCCUGUUUGUCCAUGCCAGGACGCCUCACGCCGAAGACAUGGCGGAACUCGUGAUUGUCGGGGGGAAGGACAUCCAGGGCUCCUUGCAGGAUAUAUUUAAAUUUGCAAGGACAUCUCCUGUCCCAAGACAAAAGAGGUCCAUUGUGGUGUCUCCCAUCUUGAUCCCGGAGAACCAGAGACAGCCCUUCCCCAGAGAUGUUGGCAAGGUAGUCGAUAGUGACAGACCUGAAGGGUCCAAGUUCCGGCUCACUGGCAAGGGAGUGGAUCAAGAACCUAAAGGAAUUUUCAGAAUCAAUGAGAACACAGGCAGCGUCUCUGUGACACGGAGCCUGGACAGAGAAAUGAUCGCUACUUAUCAACUGUUUGUGGAGACCACGGACGUCAGUGGCAAAACUCUGGAGGGGCCGGUGCCCUUGGAAGUCAUCGUGAUUGAUCAGAACGACAAUAGACCCAUCUUUCGGGAAGGCCCUUACAUUGGCCACGUCAUGGAAGGGUCACCCACAGGGACCACGGUGAUGCGGAUGACAGCAUUUGAUGCAGACGACCCGGCCACUGACAAUGCCCUCCUGCGGUACAACAUCCGUCAGCAGACGCCUGACAAACCAUCUCCCAACAUGUUCUACAUCGAUCCUGAGAAAGGAGACAUUGUCACCGUCGUAUCACCUGCGCUGCUGGACCGGGAGACUCUGGAAAAUCCCAAGUAUGAACUGAUCAUUGAAGCUCAAGAUAUGGCAGGACUGGAUGUCGGAUUGACAGGCACGGCCACAGCCACCAUUGUGAUCGAUGACAAAAAUGAUCACUCGCCAAAAUUCACCAAGAAAGAGUUCCAAGCCACAGUGGAGGAAGGAGCCGUGGGGGUCAUUGUCAAUUUGACAGUAGAGGACAAAGAUGACCCCACGACGGGGGCCUGGAGGGCUGCGUACACCAUCAUCAAUGGAAAUCCCGGGCAGAGCUUCGAGAUCCACACCAACCCGCAGACCAACGAGGGCAUGCUCUCUGUGGUCAAGCCCCUGGACUAUGAGAUCUCUGCCUUCCACACCCUGCUGAUCAAAGUGGAAAAUGAGGACCCACUGGUACCAGACGUCUCCUAUGGCCCCAGCUCCACGGCGACUGUCCACAUCACAGUCCUGGAUGUCAAUGAGGGUCCAGUCUUCUACCCGGACCCCAUGAUGGUGACCAAAUGGGAGAAUAUCUCUGUGGGCAGUGUGCUGCUGACAGUGAAUGCCACAGACCCCGACUCCCUGCAACAUCAGACCAUCAGGUACUCUGUUUACAAGGAUCCAGCAGGCUGGCUGAAUAUCAACCCCAUCAAUGGAACUGUUGAUACCACAGCCGUGUUGGACCGGGAGUCUCCAUUUGUCCACAACAGUGUGUACACCGCCCUGUUCCUGGCCAUCGAUAGCGGCAACCCUCCUGCGACAGGUACUGGGACCCUGCUGAUAACCCUGGAGGACGUCAAUGACAACGCUCCCUUCAUUUACCCAACGGUGGCUGAAGUCUGUGAUGACGCCAAAAACCUCAGUGUGGUCAUUUUGGGAGCUACAGACAAGGAUCUUCACCCCAAUACAGACCCCUUCAAGUUUGAGAUUCAUAAACAGACCGUCCCUGAUAAAGUCUGGAAGAUCUCCAAAAUCAACAACACCCACGCCCUUGUGAGCCUUCUUCAGAAUCUGAACAAAGCCAACUACAAUCUGCCCAUCAUGGUGACAGAUUCAGGGAAGCCACCAAUGACGAACAUCACAGACCUCAGGGUGCAGGUGUGCUCUUGCAAGAACUCCAAAGUAGACUGCAAUGCGGCGGGGACCCUGCACCUCAGCCUCGGCUUGCUGCUGCUCUUCUCUCUCCUCAGCUUAUCAGGUCUGUGAGAACACCACGACUGAAGCUUGACUCCCAAGUUGCCAUAGCAACAGGAAAAAGAAAAAAAAAAGUCUAUCCAAAUCUGAAGAUUGCCGUUUACAGCUCUGAAACUUCACAACCAGGCCUCAAUUGUUCCACAUCCUCCUUUUUCUUUGCGAUUUCAUUUCAUCUGUACCUCACCAUUUGAUAGCAUCUUCCUUCUUGCUUUGAUUAAUGGAACCCUCUGGAUUUGCCCUGAAUGUUUAAAGAUCAUGUGUGUCACUGGACCUUAGGGAGCAGGAACAAUGACUACUUUUUCUGAUGCGUCCACACGUUGCUAGACCGCGCUCCAUCCAUACAGCUGUGCGGUGGGUUUGUAUCUGUACGUGGAUGGGUAUCUGUCGGUGUAUAUACCCAGUAUUUAUGUAGAAGACUGCAGGAGCCCCCUGCUUUUGAGAUGCUUAGACAGAGGAGGUGGAAGCUCCAACAGCUGAGCUCUCCAGCCAAGGUCAGUCCACUGAGCCGUCCGUCCCUCACCUGUGCGGCAAAGCUGCACCGCCAGGGGCCUGCUCAGUCUAAACCCUGAAUGCCGACCCACCAGCCAGGCAGGUCCAGGGGUUGGGGAUGGGGGAAGGGCAAGGGAAAGAAGUCUUCUCUCCUUAGUAGGACUUGCCACCACUUCCCACUGCCACCAAAUGCCAUGGUCCUGACUCCCAGGUGGGGAGUGAGGAAUCAGAAGCUAAGGGCUGAACUACUCUCCCACGGGCAAGAGUCUGUAACUGUACCACCCCAGACCCACAGUCCUCCAGUCCUUAGGAUAACAAAGAUCAUGAGGAAGACCCUCUCCCUCCCUGGUAUAUGUACAAGUGCAAAUGUCAUCGUGGUGUACCUAUAAAGAGACCAACAGGCACCAUCUUGUAUGCACAUAUAUUACCCACACAUGUACACACGCAUUACGCAUAUCCACGCCGUUUGUUUCAUAUAUACAGGCAUAAAAUAGAGUAAACCCAGGUAGUUUUUAAAGUACCCUUCCGUGUGACUACCGUUGUUCGCAAAGCUGAGAAUAAAAAGUUGUUCAUUAUGUCUGGAAAGGAAUUGAGUUUUGUCCUGUGAGCAUGUCAGGUUAAGAAUGUUAAUGCUCCCACUGAGAUUAUCUUCUCUUUGACAAACUGUAAAUGAACCAUCGAAGCUCACACCAAAUUUUUUUUCUAUCAAGGGAAGCUAGCGCCAGCCUGUGGCUUUAGAGCUCAGAAUGAGCUAGGGUAAGAUAAGGGUCUUAGUAUAUUUUAACGCUGUUGCUUACAAAAGGUUUUAACCCCACACACACACUUGCGCACACAUGCUUUCUUAUGCAAUCUAUGUUGGCCCUGUGCUUUUGAGUUCACCUUCUGCGGGCAAUAGAGUCAUAUGUUGUCUUUGUUGUAGUGAGAUUAAGCGAGUAGAGGUCCACAUACUGCUCUUUGUUUCCAUAGUCAAUCUUUUUGGACCAUAUAGAAUGCAGAGAUUUUUUUUCAUUAAAAUAAAUGGGUAUCAGUGGUUAAAACUGCUGGCCAGUA